AUGGAGAGUCGCCAACCACUCCCCGAGCGCCCCAGCUCAAACGACUACAUCGACAAGACACAAUUGUCGUUCAACGCACUCGAGGCGCAGAGAUGGGAUCGCGCAUUGGAGAGCUCGCAGCGCGCACUCAACCAGUCGAUGAACUUGCCCGGCUAUCAAGACAUGUGUAACUACAGCGCACCCAUUCGGGGCCGCGACUUUCAAGGGAGUCCAGCCUGGUCUGAAGGCACUAUGAGUGCUGGCCCAGGUGACGACACUUUCCAGUCUCCUUCUAGCGACAGGACUGUUAAGUUGAGCAGCGGCUACAAGGAACUCGAGGACAGCAGUGCCUAUACCUUCUUUCCGACGCCUUUCACCGUCGCCGCGACAUCAGAGACGGGUGCUACGAAUGGCUCCGCGUCUUCAGGUUCUGAUAUCUCACCGUUGUCUCAGCGCCAGUCUUUCGCUCGCGUCGCGGUCGAGUCACCUUUUCGACCUGAGUUCGGCGGUCCGGUCCAGGCUCCCCCCAGCCACGGCAUGAGGUGGUCUCCUGCGCAGCUACAGAAAGAUAUCGCACGAAACUCCGACAGCUUCUAUUCCCACCCCAGCAUAGCCAAGACUCAUGUUCCCUCCCGUCCGCAGUCAACGUUCCCCAUUCCACGAAACAUGCCUUUCGAGGAGAUGAUCGUACCGCGCGGACCGAACCUGCAUCAACGAAGACUCGAUGCUAGAGUGUCAAGCUCGCCGGGUAUACCGUCGCCCCUCGGUCCUGGUUGUAUGCGGGAGCAGCUCCACGAGGGAGACGUUGGAGAUGUGUCGCUCUCACCAGUCCCGAACGGGCGUCUUCACACGAGCGAUAAGAUGAAGUACGGGAAGACCAGGUCAAGCAACAAGGAAACGAAGACCGUCUGGCAGAACACCCCACCUCCACAUUCACCUACCGUGCAGCGCUACGCAUCCAGCGGCUCCAUCGACUCGCCCAUGUUCGACGUAUACCCGCGAAGCGCUGAGAUAGACGAAGAAGGGAACUUGACCUUGGGUGGAUCGCCGUACAGUAACGGUUCUGGACAUGCGCGAAAGCACACUGAUCCUUUCGUUGACCAUAAGCCGUUUCAGGUCAGCACGGGGUCUACGACACGCAUGUGUGGAGUUGGUGCGCCUGGUUGGCCUUUCCCACCGGCUGGCACUCGCCCGCCGUCUGUCCACCCUAGCAUGUAUGGAGGUACUCGGCCGCCUUUCCAUAACCUGGCUGGCAUUCAGAUGUGUGGGAGUAACAAUGGGAUUAGCUGGGAUCCCAAAUCUCCGGAGUUCGUGGGCAUGGUAUCUGUUGAUCGCCUACGUGGGAGUAACAGUGGCAUGAGCUUCAAGCCCUACGGUCCACCAUCCGGGUUUGGUAAUGUUCGGAUGGGUGAAACUCAGCCCUUCCAUCGCCCGUCGAAUGUCAUUGUGUGUGAGGCUCCUCUAGCCACACCAUCACCAUCUGAGACUCGCACGAGCAGCGGUUUCAAGCCCUUCAUGUCCUCAACCCCAUUCACACCAUCCGAGACUCGCAUGAACGGCACCUUCGGAAAGCCCUUCAUGCCCUCAUCUCAGUCGUUCGGACAACCCCUUCGUAAAUCAUCCACUGCAACAUGGCCCACCUCCGCGCCCGCAACAUCCGGCUUCGCCACCCCAGCCUCGCCAGAAGACCCCCACUCCGCACGUGAACCAGGCUUCCAAGCCCGUCUACCUCUCCGCUCAAACCUACCCAUCCCGCCUCCCCCACUUUCCUCCAUCUCAGGCCAGUACGACCACAGCCCCUCAGCCCGCGCCCGUCUCGACGCCCAGAAGCCCAUCCGCUCAGCCUGGAUCCGCUCCGAAGCAUCCAAGAUAGCCCAGCUAGCAAAACUUCGCCACGCAAUGGAGAAGCGGUAUGAGGAAACCCGUUCGGACAAAGACUACGCAGCCUGGCAAACUCUCCAAGCCGCUUAUGAGGAUGCUACGGACCUGGAGAAGAGGCAGGAAGAGAGGCGGAACUUAUUCCUGAAGGAGAAGAAGAUGGAGGCGUUGAAGACUGAUGUCGUUGGGGAUAUGUCUGCUGCGAGUCGUGGUGGUAUGAAGGUGGAGGGGGAGGGGGAGGAGAAGUUGCUGGGGUAUAAUAUGGCGCUUAUGGAGCGUGUGUGUGCGGAGGUUAAGCCUGAUGGGGAUGAGGAGGCUAUCACGGUUGAGAUGUUGGCGACGUUGAGUAAAGAGGAGAAGAAGGCUAUUCGGAAGCUGCUCGUUGGUCGGAUGGAGCGGAUGACUUGA